CCAUCACCUCCACCAUCACCACCAUCACCCCCAACACCAUCACCUCCACCAUCACCUCCACCCCCAACACCAUCACCUCCACCCCCAACACCAUCACCUCCACCCCCACCACCAUCAGCUCCACCCCCAACACCAUCACCUCCACCAUCACCUCCACCCCCAACACCAUCACCUCCACCAUCACCUCCACCAUCACCUCCAACACCAUCACCUCCACCAUCACCUCCACCCCCACCACCAUCACCUCCACCCCCACCACCAUCACCUCCACCCCCCACACCAUCACCCCCAACACCAUCACCUCCAACACCACCUCCAACCCCAACACUACCACCACCUCAACCAUCACCUCCACCCCCAACACCAUCACCUCCACCAUCACCACCUCCACCACCACCCCACCCUCCACCAUCACCUCCACCCCCAACACCAUCACCUCCACCCCAAACACUACCACCACCUCCACCAUCACCUCCACCAUCACCUCCACCCCCAUCACCUCCACCCCCAAAAACCACCCCCAGGACCAUCACCUCCACCAUCACCCCCACCCCCAACACCAGAACCAUUCAUUUCACCCCCAACGCCAUCAUGUCCACCCCCAACACCAAUCCCAAUAACCACCUCUUCUUGGUAGAAUACCAUAACCCCCAACACCACCUCCACCACAAACUACGGAUGAAAUUCAAAAAACAAAGCCUCUGGUAG